UUGGCGUGUUACGCUGAUUCGGUUAGGUGUAUUAGUGUAGUGCCAAAGAAAAAAGAUCUCUGGGAUAUCUAGUGUUGACGUGCAGCUCAACAUGUAUGCCACUUUCAUGCAGACCGUUUGAGCUGGUUUGUUUUUUAACUGGAAAUUUUCGUUGCAUUCUGACGAACUGUUGACGGAGUGGUGUGCGCUUUUCACAUUUAAAGCUGCAUCGUUACCUAGGCCACAAGAGAAUGUGCAAAGGAAGUGUUUAAUAACAGAAAGUAAAGAGAGUAUUUUUGUGAAUGUUGCAAGGAGCUUUUGGUAUUCUCAAAUGUCCAGAAUGGAUAAUACCCGGAUACCUAUGUCGAGCACCAAGUUCAGAAAUAAAUGUUUCUUGACAGGUCUCCUCUUCUUCCUCAUCCUGACGGACCCACGAACGUCGGCACAGACCUUAAGCAACGUGGUGAUAGAAGACGACGGGAAUGACUCUCUCUACAAGACGUCGUUCAACUGUGCCUCGGGAGUGGCUCUCCUGUCCGUGGAAAACACGAACAAUCACGGCGUGAAUCUCACCAUCAAAAACACGAAUGAUGACCAGGAAGUUCUGAGCCCUGUAUUUAUCAGAGAGGGUCUCGCUGUGUUGUCGUUGCCGUCAUCCUUGUUUACAGGCGAUACACCUCUCCUGGUGAGAGCGUGGUAUCAGUCCGACUCGUUAGAGAAGACAACGACGUACUAUGAGACAAUCACAGUGUCUGGGCUGACCUCAGUCUUCAAGGAGGUCGUGUCUGUCGCCGAGACCUUCAGCGUGGACGCUCAAGUCACCAGAGGGGCUUUCCUUACAUUCACCUUCUUUUUCACGCACUCAGACACACAAGACAUUGAGACAAUGACGGUGACACCCUGUGACGUCAACGCCCUCUCGGCCACGGCCUCUAUGCAGUGGGUGUCUCCCGGAGUCUAUAACAUGGAGAUCUCAGCCACCGCAUCCAGCGGGCCCUCUGACUCCAUCUCCGAGACAGUCACCGUUCUGCCUGAGGUCCCCUCGUUCGCAGCCAGCGUCGCACAAGCAACUACCGGCAGUGAUUUUUACCCGUCCACUGACACUCGAGUGCUGCUCAAGACAACUGUCACAACGCGAUACAACGCCUCCGAGGUUUCCUGUGUGUUUGACUUUGGCGAAGACGGCAAGCAACCAAUAGAGAUACACAAUCUCAUGUUCAACAAUUUAGCUGACUCUACAAUCACUCUGGGCCUUGCUCCCUACCAGUACAGCACGACUGGAGACUUUGUGAUUCAAAUCAACUGUAGCAAUGCAAUCAGUCAGAAGACAGACUCGGUCUCGGUCUCCAUCACCUCGCCAACCACCCUAGCUUUAGCCAGUCUGAGCCGCGAUUUCGUACUUUUUGAUUACACGUUACAUGCCGGAUCUGUCGAAGUGAGCAUCGGCCAUGAAACAAUCACAAACCCGAUAUCGGACAUGGUCGUCACGAUAGACUCUGGAGAUCCGAUGCAGCAGUGGACAUUCCCCUCGUUCAAUCCUGGUCAAAAGCAAGUUAUAACUUAUACAACUCCCGGGCUCUAUAACGUGAAUGUCACAUUCACCGCGUUUGGGCUCAACAAAGUUGUGACGCUGCCGGUAAGAGUUGGGCUUCUGGACUUUUAUAUUGUUGGCCGACCUACUUUUGUCAAGAUAGGAGAGGAAGUUGUCUUUGAACUUGUCAGAUACGACACAAACGGAUCGUUGACGGUUAAUGUUACCUACCAACCUAAUGACAGUCAGCUUGUCGAGAUGGCCGAUGGGGUUGAUAAAAUGGAGCUGCGGGAAACGUACUCAGUUAUCAGCCCUUACCGCGCUAGCGCACAGAUCAGCGAGGACGAUGAGGAGGAAGAAGUCGUGUACAGAUUUGAAACGUACGGGCCCUGCAUCUCCACUCACGAUUUGUUCGACACGACAUAUAGAUCCGAGGAUACCCCAAUGCCUGCUCUGCUUUCCGCUAUUCCUUCCAUCUCAGGUCGGGCUCAGCUAACCGAGUCGUGCGCCGAAGGAAGUGUCUUGCAGUACUACUGGUGGCUGUGGAAAAACACGGCAACGCCCCCUUCCUUCGCGUGGGAAGAAGUGACUAUACACCAACCCGAGGCGGUGAAUUUAGUGGUGGGAAACUUCAUCACUUCCGAAGGCUUGUACAGGCUGAAGUUAAACGCCUCGGUAAAGGACAGUCGGGAUUUCGUGGAAGAUAUCAUGCAUCUAAGUGUACGUCUGCCUGAUCUAGUGGCGAAAAUCUCCGGCGGAGAUCAGCAGCAAAAGAAGAUUGGUUCUCUGGUUGCUAUGGACGCCGCCUUGUUGUCCUACGACCCAGCCGACAGAGAGGCCGGGGGAACUGGUCUGAACUACGCGUGGGCGUGCUAUCUAUUGGAUUCGGCUCAAGACAUCACGAGGUAUUUGAGCACUUAUCAAGACGACAAGAGCUACAAAAGCCUCCGUGCGUGCCCCGGACAGAUCUCCAGUACCUCGGGAAGUUUCAAUGUGGACACAGGCGUCUUCACAGUCAACGAUAUCGCGCUGUUUGAGGUGGAGGUGUCAAAAGGUGGCCGCUCGACCGUGGACGUGCAGGUUCUUGAGAUCUUGUUGGAGCAGCCACCAGACUUUAAUCUCUUGUGCCGCUGGAACUGCGAAACCAAGCUUGUAGCCACAGACCGCACAGUCCUGGACCCUGUCAUCUCGUGCCCAACUUGCACAGACCAGGAACUGCUCGAUACAGACUACACUUGGUCUAUUGUGAAGACAGACAUUGGCACCAGGGUCUCUACUGAAAUACCUCCCGACCACUGGGACCAGUUAAUUGCUUCAACGUACAAAACCAAGAUAUUUGAGUCAGAGGGCGGCUGGUGGCAGGCUGGCUACAGCUACACGCUCACCCUGGAGGUGAAGGUCGGCACGAAGCCAGCCGCGAGGUCGUCGCACACGUUUUACACCAACCAGCCUCCUUAUGGCGGGAGCUGCAGCGUGGCGCCGGCAGAGG